AUGCUCCGACAAACCGUUUACGAAACCGUCAACUCUUCGUGGAGACCUUCCUGUGCAUCGAUUUCCAUCAACGAAGACUUGUUUGGAUACUACUUUACGUCCCAAAAACGCUCCGACAAACCGUUUAUGAAACCGUCAACUCUUUGUGGAGACCUUCCUGUGCCUCAAUUCCAUCAACGAAGACUUGUUUGGAUACUACUUUACGUCCCAAAAACGCUCCGACAAACCGUUUAUGAAACCGUCAACUCUUUGUGGAGACCUUCCUGUGCCUCAAUUCCCUUCAGUGUAAACUCGUUUCGAUACUACUACACAUCCCAAAAAUGCUCCAACAAGCCAUCUGCGAAUCCGUCAUCCCUUCAUGGAGUGUAA